UUCGCGUGUAUUUGAAAUAAUCUGUGGAUCACAGUAAAAAUAAAUUGAGCCGCUUUGGUGCUAUGUUUCCCUUAACAAUGAGAUUCGCUCUGUUGGAUGCAGCAUCUGAUUUGGUUCUACUCGGCUUGAUUGCUAUGUUUUUGGCGACUUUGUUUCAGCUCGUGAAAUUGGUGGUCGAACAGUGGCCCUUUUUAUGUCCAAAUUUGAUAUGCCCGUUUAUUUCCUGUUUCAUGAAGAUAGAUUAAGGUCAGCAAUAAAAGCGUAAUGAAUCCGCGAUAAACUCACCUGAAAGAUUGCCACUGAGUUCGCCUUCCAAAGUUCCACUAGUGUUUUGCGAGAUACUUUCAAAAAUAAUUUUUUGCUGGAACUUCACAACAAAAAUGUCAAUGAAUAUGCGUACAACAGACAGACAAAAAAACAACAACCAAAUAUAAAUGAUAGAAAAGAAAAGUGAUUUGUACGCAUGGUCGGAAGAAUAGCCGGUGGAAAAAUAAAGAAACCCAUAUAAGAAGGCGAAAACGAUUGAUAUUAAAAAAGCAACAACAAUUUACAAUUUUUUAUGGUGAACAAAUUAGAAACGAAAUCGGAAAUCGUAAAGAUUGAGUCGUCAAACCCGACAAUGAAAGCAAUGAAAACACAUUAGAAAGCAACAACAUCAAAAAACAACAAAAACAACAACAACAGCAAAAAAACAAUCAAUUAAUAGCGAAUAGCAUUAAUAACAUUGUUUGUUAUUAGUAAUAACAAAUAAGUGGUAACAACAACAACAUUGCGCUUCAUACUAUACCGGUGUUCUAAUUGCCAAUAAUAAAGCCGAUAACCACAACAACCACACAACAACAACAAACACAACUGCAUUGACGACAACAUGAUGGACGUCAAAACAGCGGCUACAAAACAUAGCAGCAACAUGGACAGUGUUUCCAAUGGCAACAAUGAAAUGUUGCCAGCGCGUGAUGAGGUCGAUUUUAUUGCUGUCGCUGCGCACAACAACAACAACAAUAGCAUUUUCGACAACAAAACAAUGAGCAACGGAUUGCAUUCGAAUUCGAAUACAACUUCGACAAUUUUCACGAACUCGAAAACGUCAACCAAUGAACAUUUACAAUAUCAACAACAACAACAACAUAAAGAAAUGGCAAAGAACAAAAAGAAAGUUGUCACAAAUGAAGAACCAAAGAAAAAGAGUUCACCAAAAGAGCGCCUCUCCUUGUUCUCCACACUCGGGCGGCGCAUCAGCCAGAAGACGUUGAAACAGAAGGACUCUAAUGCUAACGAAUCCAGCACAGCGCACGAAAAAUCUACAGCUACGGCUACUCCGUCAACAACAAUAACAAACACGGUAGCUAAAAAUGCUGCUACCAACAACAACACGUCUCCCCGCCAGCGUACGUUUGUCAAGAGCUCUUCAAUUGUCCGUCUUUUAGGCAACACCUAUCAGCAGCACGCCAAAAAGCUGGAAAAGCCCCAGUUAAACAUAGAGAAAGGUAAAACACCGUUAGAUGGUAAAUUCCAUACAUAUGGCGGCAGACGUCGCACCAACGGUCCCUAUUUGGAUCGCUUCAAACGCUAUUCCAAAGACGAUGCUGAUGUUACCUCAAAUAACCACAAUAACGAAGAAGAUGCAGAGCAAGCAAUGGACUUCACCGAUGUGCUGGAGUUAGAAGCAGAUACCGCCGAUGAACUGCAACGCGCUUCUAGCGGUUUGGAACGCUUUUGUGAUCAUAGCACGGUGGCGGCUGGUGAGGACGAGGCCGCCGCGGAAUUGGGCAGCAAAACGAUGCGUACGCUGUCGCGCAGCCUCGGACGGCUGUGGGGCAAACGUUUGCAUAGUGUGGACAUAAGCACGCCAGAUCCUGAGUAUAAGGUAUCAUAUUUGGGCAACGUGCUAACCGGUUGGGCCAAAGGUGAGGGUUGCGUUGAAAAGCAACUGAACACACUGUGGCGCAACUAUACCCAAAACAACAAGCCCGACAUGAUCAUGCGCAUUAAGGUAUGCGCCAGUGGACUUAAAGCCACCACACGUCAACAUGGACUCACCGAGUACUGGGCCAAUCGUAUCACGCAUUGUUGUGCACCAAAGAACUACCCGCGCAUCUUCUGUUGGGUGUAUCGACAUGAGGGGCGUAAACUAAAACAUGAGCUGCGCUGUCACGCAGUGCUCUGCAGCAAGGAGAAGGUGGUGCAAGAUAUUUGCAAUACAUUGAAGGAGAAUCUGGAGCGUGCACUGCGCGAAUUUAAACGUGAAAAAAUUCUCAAGCAGAACGCUCGUCUCAGCCUGGCCAAUGCAGCAUAUGAAAAUCCCAGUUUGCCCCGACGUAAAAUACUACUCAGUGUCGGUGGUAACAAUUAUCGACCACCGCUAGAGCGUUCCAAGUCCGCACCGAAGUUAAUGGCCAUCGAAGAGGCUAUCGGUGAGGAAGAGGGCGAGGAUGCUGAGGACACUAAUGAGCCCGAAAUGAAGCCGUGUUGCCAAAAGGAUUCACUAUACCCUGCCAUGACUUUGGGUCGCAGACGCUGUCGACGUGGUCACUCAAUAAGACGCACAGGCAAACCACGUCCAUUAUGUGGCGUUUCUUUCGAUGAAUCACAAAAGCUUAAGCAUAUUUUAGCCGGAGACAUGAAAGUAGACACUUGCUGUCAUGACAAGCAAUUAACCAAAGAAUGCGCCAGCCAACAGAAAGAAACUACGCCAACCACUGGGUUAACCGAAGAGCAGCGUAAUAGUUAUGGUUCCGAUGACUCGGAUGACUUUGAGAAGUUGCUGAAAUACAAUGACUACGAUGCUAAUACAUCGCUAGCAACAGAACUUUUGCCUUACUUCGAUAUGCAACUGCACAAGAACACCAGCAGCAGUCUCAGCGAUUUGUGUGCGCUGAAGGAUGACGAGGAGCCGCUCAGCUUACUGCCAACCAUCAAUAAUGAUCCUAUGGCACAUCCCGAGGGUGAUCUGCUGCCCAGUGAUUGUGCGCAAGGAAUGAACGGCGACAUAGAGGAGGAGGAAUCGCAUGUUGGCCUCCGACGCAAUGGUGUCUGUAGCGAUGGUGAGGAGGAUUAUCUAGACGCCGAUGAUAUGUACUUUCGACAGUCGAGAAUCUUAAAUAUUUUACACCGCAACUCAAUGCGCAAAAUGGCACAAAUUUCGCUGAGCAGCGACGAGGGUAGCAGCUUGGAAACGAAUGCUUCGGCGCCGCUCCAAUACCGUCACCAAACACAAUCUUCCAUAUCGUCAAACGCGUCUUCGAACGCCACCACCAGCAGCUCGUUGCAGGAUGGACACAACGGUUCCUCAACCGGUAAACGUCACAGUGGCGCCGAUAGCGAUGAAGGCUCCAUAUCGAGCGGCUGUGAGACGGCCAGCACCGUGACGGCCAACCAAGAUGAUCUAUCAUUACAAUACCGUCACGACAAACAGCUGCUGCAGCAACAACAAUCAGCAUUGCAGUACAGCGACGAUGCACACUUUUUCAACAUGGCCGACGCGAAUGAAUCACCCAUCACAGCCGAUGAAAUCUACCAAAGACUCGAAGCGCGUCUGCAGCGUCGUCAAAACAGCGACGCCACCACAUUCAGCAGUUCGAGCACAAUAACACUGAAGAUGAGCACAGGCAGUGACGGCUCUACGCCCCAGUCGCCGAAUGAGCCAAUCACCCAACAGUCCAUAAGUGAACAACCUGCGAAUGCUUUAAUGAAUAGUACAACGCGUGUACGCCGUCAACGGCAACGUCAAAUGGUGGCAGCAACACCACCGCCACCCGACUGUAACGCCGACGACACGGACUCGGAGUGCAGCGACGAAUCCGGCUAUGUGGAGUAUCAAGAGCGCGAGAAAACAGUGCGUGAGAAGAUUGGCGAUGUCGAAAGGCGUCAGUUGCAACAGCAACAACUGCAAGAACAGCAACAACAUCAACCUAUUGCACAAAAACGCCAACUCAAGCCACAAUUGCCGCCGAAACCGUUGCCGCGUCGCACUCUCAGCGGCGCCAGCGCGGCCGUGUCCUUGGCAGACGCUCAGCGUACAAGUAACAGUACCACAGUGUGAAUAUCGGUCAGACGUAACUGGCCGGCUGACUAAGGCAGUGAUGAUUUUGCUGAGCAGAUAAGGCGUGCUUGUAAUUUUGAAUUCGAAGUUAAGUGUAUGCGCUGCAGCAUAGCGCGAUAAGAGUUUGGAACCUAGCGGCUAGCGUUUUUCAUUGCUUACAUGUACAUGGUUGUGGCUAUGUGUUAAGCGCAUGUUACAAAAUGUUGAGUAUUCAAAAUUUAAAGCCUUGCUUUCGAAUGCGAAAUUCGUCUAUUUUUAUGGAAAAUUCUAUAAGAUAAUAUAUUAUUUUUAUUAUUAUUAUAUACAAAACGAAAAAUAUAGCCUUUUGGCACCUAUUUAGAAUUAUUUUAGUGAAAUG